AUGGGGAAGGCUCAGAGAAAAGGAACGCGUGCUUCUUUCGGUGGUUGUCAAUAUCUGGAAAAGGAAAAAUUGGAAAUUGAACGGAAACAAAAAAGGAAAGAAUGUUUUCGAAUCGCAAUGGUCUCCGACUUUUUUUGUCCAAAUACUGGAGGAGUUGAGACACACAUUUAUCAACUGGCGAAAUGUCUGCUCAAUAACGGGCAUAAGGUUUUAAAAUAUCAGACAAAAAUUUAUAAAAAUAAACAAAAAAUAAAGAAAAUAAAUAGUAAAUGUACUUUUACACAUAUGGUUAUUGUCUUAACUCAUGCUUAUGGAAAUAGAAAUGGAAUUCGUUAUUUAUAUUCAGGAAAACUUAAGGUUUAUUACCUUCCUUGUUUGGUUAUUGGAAAUAAUUAUUUACCUUCAGCUUUGGGUUCCCUCCCUUGGUUUCGUAAAAUAUUUUCUUUUGAAAAUAUUCAAAUUGUUCAUUCACAUUCCACAUUUUCUACAAUGGGACACGAAGCUUUAUUGCACGGAUGGACAUUGGGACUUAAAACUAUUUUUACUGAUCAUUCACUUUUUGGAUUUGCGGAUGCUGGGGCUAUUUUAAGUAAUCGACUUGUUUUGCGUUAUUCUUUAAUAAAUGUAGAUAGAUUAAUUUGUAACACAGUUUUACGUGCCGGUGUCCCUCCAUCAAAUGUUUUUGUUAUUCCAAAUGCUAUAGAUUCAACGUUAUUUAAACCACCAGAUAAAAAUUAUUCUUCUGAAAAUAUAACAAUUGUUGUAUUGUCUCGUUUAGUUUAUAGAAAAGGAAUUGAUUUGUUAGUACAAAUAAUACCUGAAAUAUGUAAAUUAAAUAAAAAAGUUCGUUUUAUAAUUGGCGGUGAUGGUCCAAAACGUGUUGAUUUAGAGGAAAUGAGAGAAAAACAUAAACUUCAUCAUCGUGUUGAACUUAAAGGGGAACUUCCACAUGAUAAAGUCCGCGAAGUUUUAAUACAAGGACAGAUAUUUUUAAAUACUUCUUUAACUGAGGCUUUUUGUAUGAGUAUUGUUGAAGCAGCUUGUUGCGGUUUACACGUUGUUUCAACAAAAGUUGGAGGAAUUCCUGAAGUUUUACCUCCAGAAUUUAUUACUUUAGCUGAACCUAAUCCAGAAAUUUUAAUUAAAUCAAUUUUAACUUCAAUCAAAAAUUAUCAAAAUAAUUUAUUACCAAAUUCAAAAGAAAAACAUGAAAGAAUAGCUAAAUCAUAUAAUUGGGAGGAUGUUGCGAAAAGAACAGAAAAAGUAUAUAAAGAAGCGAUAGAAGAAAUUGAAAUUAAUUUUGGAGAACGUCUUAAAAAUCUUUUAAAUGCUGGUUUCUGGUUUGGAAUUGUUUGGGUGUGGGGUGCGGCACUUAAUUACUUCUUUGCUGUGUUUCUUGAUUUAAUAAAUCCUCGUUAUCGGAUUAAAAGAAGAACUAAACAGGGAAUAAAUUAA